GGAUUUCUGCUUGGAAAUUGAAUGGCUACUGGGAAAAUGAGCAGUAAUGUUUAUUUGGAAAUUAACUCUGCUGGGCUGGUUUUAAAUGUGGAGACUCUUGAGGUGAAGAACAGAAACGAAAUGAAAGAUUGUCAACUGCGAAAAAAGCAGAAUGAAAACAUCUUAAAAGCUGUGAUUACUUUGCUGGAUUCUAUAGGGGGAAUAAUCAAGGCUGAAAUUGAGAAUGAAAACUAUAGUUACCAACGAGAUGGAAUAGGACAAGAUUUGGAAAAAUCUUUUGUAAAUAUUUUUCCAUCUGUUCCUAACUACUUAACCUUUAUACAGCAAGGUAAAUACUUUCACAUUUUUGUCAACUCAUGGAGCUCAGAAACCUCUGGUUUACAGAUUGUCACCUUGAAGACCAAGAUGUACAGAACGGAUGUAACAUGUACAAAUAUGAUGCGUGUCACUGAUACACUGGAGAUCCUCAAGGCCAACAGCAAAACUGGAAGAAGAUUAUCUGGACCUAAAUUGCUUCCACAGGCAGAUGUACAAAAAAAGAGUGACAUAAAGGGCUUGGCUGAUGCCUUUUUUAACAGGACACAACUUAGGUACAGAGAAAAAGUUCCCUUUACUGAAUCCACACAUGAUGAAAUGAAAGCCUUCUCAACAGGAAAGUGCUUACAACGCGUUAAAGAGAUCCUCCCUCAUUAUGUUUCUGCUUUUGCAAAUACUGAUGGGGGAUAUUUGUUUAUUGUUUUAAAUGAAGAAAAAGAAGUAAUUGGCUUUAAAACAAGAGUGGAAGAUUUUAACUGGUUAGAAACAGAGAUAAAAAAAUACAUUAGGGAGUUGCCUAUCUAUCACUUUUGUAGGGAGAAGAAGGAGAUAAAUUACUCAUGCAAAUUCCUCGAAAUAUAUGAUGAAGGAAAUAUUUGUGGAUAUGUUUGUGCACUCAAAAUAGCGCCAUUCUGUUGUGUGGUGUUUGCUAAAGAGCCAGAAUCCUGUCAAAUGAAAGACAACCAAGUGAGGCAGUUUACCACGGAGGAAUGGACUUCCACAAUGUUGCCUGCUAACCCAGAUUUUUCCUGGUUAAAAGACAGACUUUUCUCAUGGAUCCCCAGGAGUUGGGCUGUUGGGAAUUUGGUAAAUAAGCAACAGAGAUAUGCCCUUUCAGGUUCCAAGGCCGAUUGGCCAGAGGGCGCCUGUGAGCGCCACAGCGGGAGCGGGGAUUGGAUUAAACCUUCCAGGAACCCCCAGUAUGUGCAGAGUCCCAGGACGCGCGGGUUCAGUCGGCUCUCCGUGCAGCUUGCUCGAGAGUCCUUCUUCUUGUGCAUGUUGGAGUCUCGGCAGGGCGUGUGGCGCGGAACCUGGUACCACGCUAGUGCCCAGGAAACGCUCGACUUUGUUUGCCCUGAACUCCAACACCAACGCCUUUCACCACCUAAAGCCAAAUCCCAGCUCUCGGCCUUUGACACGUAUGCUUUCAGAAUUUCGGCAAUAAGACAAAAAGAGGAAGGGUGUACGUUUGCAGAAUCAGAGGCAAAGGAACCCACGUGCUGGAAGCGUCCUUUGGGGGUGCGGGCGCCAGCCGGAGGCCACCUGGGUCCAACCACCAUAGCCGCCAAUGUUUUCCUUCCAGGCGUGGAUGCCCGGAUCAGAUAG